GAGCCCAAAAUCCCCACAAUUUCUUGGUGUUUUAUUAAGGGGCCCAAAGAAGUACGAAGUGCGAAACCCAACUUUUUCUCUUUGGGGAAGGAGUGAAGGUAGUGAGACCGACUCUCUCACCCAAACAAAGGCCCCUAUACAUUCCCGCAUAAAACAUUCCCGCCAAUCAGUUUUCCCAAACUCAAAAUCUCUCUCUCAAAAAGAGGUUUCGACUCAGGAACGCGAGCAUUCAAGUCCUUUGAUUGUGAGAAUUCGAUCAGACUGUUCAAUCUCUUUUGCCUAUUCGCUGAAAAUUGAUAAUGAUGAUUUCAGCGGCUGUCUAAAUUAACAGGAAAGCUAAAUCACCAUGAAUGCUGCUAGACAGCGGAACAGGAAGGCAGAUAAAGCUCCCUCAAAGUGCAUGGCAGAUAUAGAUCACACUGGAGCAAAGAAAUCCACAAAGAGAACUGGUGGGCAGAGUUACAAAUCAGCAGGGAAAGCUGAAGAGUUAUUGGCUGAAAAGGAUAAGCAAUCUCCACUUUCUAGCAUAGCUGAGGGAAGGUGUCCAGAACUUCCAGUCAAAAGUAGACGUGUUUCAGAAAAAACAAAAAGGUCACCUCUACUUGAGCUUUAUCCAGGACCAAGACUUCUUCCGUCUGCAAAGAUAAAGUUGCAGCUUUUCCCAAUAGAUGAAGACACUCGCAUGGGACUGGAAAAGGAUGGACAUCAUCCGUACUUGGAACUUACGUUAAGUGCUCGGAAAAAGAUUUCUUCGGUGCUUAAGCACUUAAAUAGCAAGUGGGGCAGUUCAAGUAUUGCUCUUGGGGAGCCUAUGGUUUUCCCAUACAACAUACUUAAAAAUGUUUCCGGUUGCAGAAGAUGGACUCUGAAUGACAAUGACAUCAGUGCAGGAGAUGUCUAUGAAGCUGUUGGAAACCCUGCCAUUUUCUGCCUAAGGUAUGGCUGGUUCUCUUAUUCUGAACCUAAAACUUUUGGUAAGCUUUCUUCAUCAACUCCCAUUGAAGAUUGCCCUCAAUCUGAGGGCGCACAGAAAGGUUGCAACAAUAAUAUGGAGGUUACAUAUAGCAAAGGGAAACAAAUUGAGGUAACAAGUGAAGAGCUCAAAGGAAUCAAUGUAAGUGAAAAAACAGCUGCAGUUGUUGCUGAGAAGGUUGCAAAUGGACCAGUUCAUCCCGUGGAUAAUGAACAGAGGAUGGAUGCUGGCCCUGGACAAUCAUCAGACCUGUGGGCUGAUAGUCUAACUAAUAUAAGCAUUGGAGGCCUCCUCUCUGAGGCAUCCAUACAGGGAAAGUUUAAAAAUUCUGAUCCCAUCAGUGAUGGUCUAACCGAUAUAAGCAUUGGAGGACUCUUGUCUGUAGCAUCCUUACAGGGAAAGUCCAAUAACUACGAUCCAAAAUCAGUAGGGAGUAUUUCAGGCUUGCAGCCGACUCAACUAAUAUCUGAUUCCUUUGAUGCAUAUAUUGCUGCCCAAACAAAUUGUCCUCAAGGUCCAAAGUUUUCCACUCAAGACUCACGCUCAUCUAUAUUGGAUGCUGAAGAAACAUGCCAAGCGUUUCCUUUUCAAAAAUUCUCAUCCUCGGGGAAAGAUGUUUUGCCUUGGGAUGCAAGUGCUUGUUCUGGGGGCUGCAGCCAGGAUGCUGGCUCCAAGUCAUCCAAAUUUUCUAUUGCAGCUGAGAUCAACUGUCAAUCUGGGUUUUCACAAGAUCAUGCUCAUCAAGAAUCUGAAACAGACCUGUUGCUUUGUUCACGAACAUAUAAUGAUGAAAGUAGUCUUGGCCUGUCAGGCAUUAAAUGGACUGACUCGCGUGGACCCUUUGAUCUUGGUCUACCCACCUCUCAGAAGCUUACCAAUGGCGACAGUAUUAACAUCAGUGGAUUUGUUAGAUAGCAGUCUAGCUGCAUUCCAGAACCACUUUCGUUGGAGGCUGAAAGGUUCCUGUCGAAGAUAAGAGAAUGUAGUACACAAAGAAACUAACAAAUGAAUAAGGUGAAGCUUGAUGGGUGGGUUAACAAUUAUAGCAUAUGAAGGCAAGUAACCCAGGCUGCAUCUGGAAGCAACAUUAAGGUACCUGGCUAUCAGAUCAGGGUGUGUGUGUGCGCGUAUAAAAUGCUUGGGAAUGUAAUAUCUACGUAAUACUUCCAAUGCUCUGAAAGGAUUUUAUCUGUACAGCUGGUUGUCAGCUUUUCGUGGUAAUCACUUGAAGGUAAUAUCCAAGCAAAGUCUAUUAGUUGACUCUCCUCUCCAGGGAAUUUGGCCUUGAAUAUGAAUAUCAGUUGGCUGUCAGAUUCAGAUUGUGUAUCAAAUUGGAGAUGGUUAGCAAAUUUUUUUCUUCUUAAAAAUGUAUACCGACAGUGGCUGCAUGCGUGCGGGGGAAACUUACUUUGGGGGUGAAAGAAAAAUGCUUUUGAGAAUUGAGUAUUGUAUUCACAGAGAUUGUAAAUUGUAGUAGCUUAUGAAUUUGUUAUCUUAGUACUUGAGAUUAGCUAUCCCCUGUUUUGUUUUGGGAUGA